AUGUAUGGAGACCUGGGAAUAAAGCUGGUUCUGGCGGCAAAGAGAGCCGAAAGUCUUGAGGUAAUACCGACUUAUGAAGCAGAUUUGAUUCAAUCUGUUCUUAAUGAGAACAAAGAGUUGCAAAGACAAAUUGAUGGAAUAAACGAAUAUCCUGUACUGUCUACUCAAACGGAGACUGUCGGAGGGAUGGAAUCCUCCAUGCCUUCUUCUGCUUUAAAUACUCCUGCUAGAAUUGUCGAUAGUAGUUUUUUUUCAUCAUCUGCUAACAAUACACCUGGACGAACUUCCCAGCACCCUGCAAGGGUGCAAGAAAUCCUGACGAAUUUACCAGAAUUUAUAAGGCAAAUGAUAAUAGACAGAAACAAGCGCUGUCUUAUAGCUUAUGAGAUGGCCAGGCUGAAAAAAAUAGAUGAGUUGGUCUGGAACAAUGUUGAAGUCACUGCUGAACAAAUGGCUGAUUUAUCACACAAUGAAAGGGUAUAUCUGGAGAAGUAUAUGUCUUUGGUCAGUGGUGUGAAGAGUGUCAUGCCAGAGAUUGAUUUGGGUGGUGAAUUGGAACCUCCUCAUGAGGUAUUUAUUGAUGUCAGGGUGUUGAAGGAUGCCGGUGAGAUUGUCACAGAGUAUGGUGUCUUCAAUUUGACCAAGGAUUCCCAAUUUUUCGUUCGCAGAGUCGAUGUUGAGAGGCUAAUACAGCAGGGCUAUUUGAAAGAAAUUUAA